AUGAAAUCAGCCAAACGAAGUGGAUCUCGGACAGGAUGUGGCUGCCAGGCAGCGAUAAAUCUGUUGGAGAAGUGUAUCUCUACCAUUUACAACUCGCACACGCGUUAUUUCAACAAGGCCCCCAACAGCCGCAAAAUGAAAAACACCCGAACCCGAGAGGGCCUGCGUAUCGCGCGCGUCCCAACAUCUGGAGGUAAAACCUACUGCAAGGCUCCUGAUGUCGACGCCACUCUCUCUUGGCCAUUUGCCUGCUCUCUUCUUUCGCGCCUCACCACCGAACUCUCAGAUGUCGACGACCACUCGGCCGCAGAGGCUCUGUCUCAGCUCUUUGACUUGGCUGUUGUAAGACAACGCUUUCCCUCCCUUGCAAAAAGUCCAAUACCCCUCGAUGAUUCGUCUAUCACAGAUCUCUGUCAAACCAGUCUCAAUGGUCUCUUCGUGUCAGUACUGUCUCAUUUUCAAAGGAAGGGGACCAGUAAAUCUAGGCUGCUACAAUUGAUUGCGGAAAUGUGUCGUGGCAACUUGAGACUGUUGUGGAAGGAGACCUUUGAUCAGACGCUGCAAAUCGUCCUGACGGAACUCAAAGAGCCCUCGGCGACCCAGCGACUGGAGUUGGCUCAGUCAGCCGCCGGCGCUUUGGCGGCUCUUGUCUACCUGUAUCCCGUGGAGUACAGGUCUACAGGGGAAUCCUUGAAAAAGAACUGCCCGUCAGUGGGACGAUCAAAGCAGCCCGAUCUCCUGGACGGUAACAUCGUCAUUCAGCAACAGGCCGGUAAAGUGACAUGGAGAAUAAAAAUGGCCCACGAAGCUAUUGAGCUUGCCUGUCUGCACGCACUCGUCCAACUCCUCUGCCAUCGACGUCUCGGUGUGACGAACGGCUUCCCCGGCCUCGAUGCCACGCAGACUGUCCGGGCGGUACAAGCGCUUUGGCCAUCAAUUUUCCACGAUUCCUCCUUGGUGGCAACCAACGCCAAA